AGUGCUGAGGGAGCGCCGCACUGUCGGAGGGUCAGUACUGAGGGAGCGCCGCACUGUUGGAGGGUCAGUGCUGAGGGAGCGCCGCACUGUCGGAGGGUCAGUGCUGAGGGAGUGCCGCACUGUCAGAGGGUCAGUGCUGAGGGAGCGCCGAAAUGUCGGAGGUUCAGUGCUGAGGGAGCGCCGCACUGUCGGAGGGUGGCUCUGAGAAAUGCCUUGCGUUAUUUUCCUUCAAACCUGCACAGCCUCCUCGCACCUGAGUUUGCAAAUGAGCUCAGAGAGUUUGGUCACAUUUACAUGUACAGGUUCUGCCCACAGAUUGACAUGAGAGCGUACCCAAUCAGCCAGUAUCCCUGCAAAACCAAGGCAGCCGCAGCAAUCAUGCACAUGAUCAUGAACAACUUGGACCCUCGUGUUGCUCAGUUUCCCCAGGAGCUGGUGACGUAUGGAGGCAAUGGACAGGUCUUCAGUAACUGGGCUCAGUUCAGACUGGCGAUGUACUACCUAUCCCAGAUGACGGAGGAGCAGACUCUGGUCAUGUACAGUGGGCACCCACAUGGAUUGUUCCCAAGUCCCCGAAAUGCUCCGCGAGUGGUCCUCACAAACGGCAUGGUGAUCCCAAACUAUUCCUCCAGGGAUGAGUAUGAGAAGAUGUUUGCCAUGGGAGUGACCAUGUAUGGACAGAUGACAGCAGGAAGCUACUGUUACAUUGGCCCACAGGGGAUUGUGCAUGGCACUGUGCUGACUGUACUGAACGCGGGCCGUCGCUACCUGGGGCUGGACGAUCUCAGCGGCAAAGUGUUUGUGACAUCGGGACUAGGUGGGAUGAGUGGGGCCCAGGCUAAAGCAGCUGCUAUCAUUGGCUGUGUGGCAGUGAUUGCGGAGGUCGAUGAGGCAGCUCUGACUAAGCGACAGCAGCAAGGCUGGCUCAUGCAAAUUAGCAACAGCUUGGACCAGUGUGUCGCUCAGAUCAGGGAGGCUCGACUAAAGAAGACAGCCCUCAGUCUUGGUUACCAUGGUAAUGUGGUGGACCUCUGGGAACGGCUGGUGCAGGAGAACGAGCAGACCGGAGAGCUCCUGGUGGACCUGGGCUCGGAUCAGACUUCCUGCCACAACCCUUUCAGUGGAGGUUACUACCCUGUACAGCUCACAUUCGAGGCAGCCAAUCAGAUGAUGCAUGCUGACCCGAAAACAUUUCGCAGACUUGUCCAGGAAAGCCUGUCACGACAAGUAACUGCUAUCAACAAACUGUCAGAGAAAGGGAUGUUUUUCUGGGAUUAUGGGAAUGCUUUCCUACUCGAAGCCAAGAGAGCAGGUGCUGAUGUGGAGAAAGCUGGAGGUGGGAAACUGGAAUUCAAGUUCCCGUCAUAUGUACAGCAUAUAAUGGGCGAUAUUUUCUCUCUGGGGUUUGGGCCAUUUCGUUGGGUUUGUACCUCAGCUGACCCUGCUGACCUAAUGGUGACUGAUGCUAUUGCUACUGCAGUACUGGAGGGGAUUGCACAGGAAGCAGGGACCAGCAUUUAUGUCAAGCAACAAUACUCAGACAACAUCCACUGGAUCAGACAGGCUGCAAAGCACAACAUGGUUGUCGGCUCUCAAGCUCGGAUUCUGUAUUCAGACCAGAAAGGACGUGUGAAGAUAGCGGUUGCAAUAAACCAGGCUAUUGCUGCAGGCAAGAUCAAGGCUCCUGUGGUGAUUAGCCGAGACCACCACGAUGUCAGUGGAACGGACAGCCCCUUCAGGGAAACCUCGAAUAUUUAUGAUGGGUCGGCAUUUUGUGCAGACAUGGCGGUGCAGAACGUUAUUGGCGAUUCCUUCCGAGGGGCAACGUGGGUGGCUUUACACAAUGGUGGAGGUGUGGGCUGGGGAGAGGUGAUGAAUGGUGGCUUUGGCCUGGUCCUGGAUGGCUCUGCGGAGGCUGAGGAGCGCGCAAAUAUGAUGUUGAACUGGGACGUAUCCAAUGGGGUGACCCGUCGCUGCUGGUCUGGGAAUCGUAGGGCAUACGAGACAAUUUGCAGAACCAUGAAGGAACACAGUGGCCUGAGGGUGACCCUCCCUCACAGUGUGGAGGAUGAAGGGAUCUUGGACAGAGCCCUGCAGAAGUAGGCAUCCAGGCCAAUUCUGGUCUCCCUGCCAUGGGAAGGGUGUUGUGAAACUUGAGAGGGUUCAGAGAAGGUUUACAAGGAAGUUGCCGGGGUUGGAGGGUUUGAUCUACAGGGAGAUGCUGAAUAGGCCGGGGCUAUUUUUGAAGCUGAGGGGUGAUUUAUAUAUUUAUAAAGCCAUGAGGGGCAUGCAUAGGGAACAUAGACACGGUCUUUUCCCUGGCAUGCAGGAGUCCACAACUUGAGGACAUAGGUUUAAGGUGAAAAGGCAAAGACUUAAAAGGGACCUAAGUAACAACACUUUCACACAGAGGGUGGUGCGUGUAUAGAAUGAGCUGCCAGAGGAAGUGGUGGAGGCUGGUACAGUUACAGCAUUUAAAAGGCAUCUGGAUGGGGACAUGAAUAGGAAGGGUUUAGAGGGAUAGAGACCAAAUGCUGGCAAAUAGGACUAGAUUAAUUUAGGAUAUCUGGUUGGCAUGGACAGGUUGGACUGAAGGGUUCCAGACCCCCACCACUGUCUGGAUGAAAAAAAUCUUAUCUCAAAUCCCUUUUAAACAUCCUGCCUUUCACAUUAAAAUUGUUAUUAGCCCUUCGGCUAAGGGAACAGCUGCUGUCCAACCAUGUCCGCUCAUAAUGUUAUACACCUCUAUCAGGUCCUUUAACAAUCUCUGCUCUAUAGAUAACAACCUGAGUGUAUCCAGCCUCUCUCCAUAGCUAACCUGCUCCAUCCCAGGCAGCAUCCUGGUGAAUCUCCUCUGCACCCCCUCCGGUGCAGUCCCAUCCUUCCUAUAGUGCACUGACCAGAGUUGCACACAAUGCUCCAGCUGUGGCCCAGACAGAGUCCUGUACAGCUCUAACAUCACCUCCCUGCUCUUAUAAUCGAUGUAAUGAUCAAUAAAGGCAAGUGUCCUAUUUACCUUCUCAACUACCCUAUUAACCUGUCCUGCCACCUUCAGGGACCUGUGGACAAGUUCCCCAAGAUCCUUCUGUUUCUUUGCGCUUCCUAGUGCCCUGAGCCUACUAGUGUCUUGCCAAUCAUUGAUUGCUCCCUUGUCUUGUUCCUUCUACCAAAGUGCAUCACCUCACAUUUAUCAGGCUUACAUUCCACCUGCCACUGAUCUGCCCAUCUGACCAAUUAUUGCCCUUCUUGCUGUAACCUAACAGCUUCUCCCUCACCGUCAACUACCUGGACAAUGUGAACAAAAUGUAUUUGGAGUUCAAGACCUGUAACAAUCUGAGAAUAAAUGAAGCAUGGUAUCUGUUAAUAAGUCCCCCUCGGUUUGCUUCUCUCUCUGAGGUGUCACUGACCACAGGCUGACAAAGUGAUCACAUUGUUCAGAGGGACAUUUGAUUCCUCGUGGUAGCUGCCUGAAUAAAUGAAGUUGAACAAUCAUUGCAAAGCAUGUACCUAUAUGUUAUUAGAGAUAAUGGGAACUGCAGAUGCUGGAGAUUCCAAGAUAAUAAAAUGUGAGGC